CGUUUCCCCAUAUUGGCCAGGCUGGUCUCGAACUCCUGACCUCGUGAUCUGCCCACCUUGGCCUCCAAAAGUGCUGGGAUCACAGGCGUGAGCCCCUGCCCGUGGUUACUUUUUCCCUAGUGAUUUUUUUUAUGAUGAUGCAGCUAUAUGUUGAAAUGGAAAGAUACUCGUUUUGGGGAGUAAAAUUGGUUAUGAAACAAAAAUAAUAACAAAGUUGCUUUUGAAGACUAUGUAUUAAAAUGUUAGUGGCAGUUAUAUUUUUAAUUUUUAUGGGUACAUGGUAGGUGUAUAUAUUUAUGUGGUACAUGAAAUGUUUUGAUGCAGGCAUGCAAUGUGUAAUCACUUCAAGGUAAAUGGGGUAUCUUCCCUGGCGAUGUUUAACAUGAUUUCCAAAAUGAAUUGCUCGCUAUGUUUGGUGUGUUUUCCAUUCCCAGAUGGUACUGCCUUUUAAGGUCUAUUACUUAAAGGUAAGUAUGGCUCUGGUUCUUAUGGCCUUUACUGUAUCUAUCCUUCAUGAGAAGUUGAUACUGAUCGGAAAUUGACACAGAGCCUUCUCACCUACACCCAGGGAGUCUAGGUAAGUAAGAUUAUCUUUAUCCCAAAUUCAGCAAGAGGUUUUCUUAUUAGUGUUCAGAAUGCUUGAUUGAGCAGUUAGAAAACUGUUGCUACGUAGUCUCCAGUCUUAUCAAGGAAACAAUGGCUGCAACUCAUGCCUGCAAGAACAAGAGGCUCACACAGUUUUGAAAUUAGUGCAACUUCUAGCUGGAUAGGAGUCUUUUUAGUUUCAUUUAGCCUUGACUUGAAACUAACAGGAGUCUUAAAAUGAGAAAAAGGCUCAGGGCUCUAAAUGUACCUUUGACAUGUUAAUUCUGUUGCCAAAAACUGGCUUUGCUCUGUAUUAACUCCAGCAGAAUUCUUUUUCAGUCACUGAGGCCAGAGGUGCUUCCAGAGAAAUGUUCCUGACCUACUGAUACUGAAUAAUUAUUGUUACUAGAAGCUGCAACUAAAGACUCCUGGAGGGUAGUAAGAGGUACAGAGAAUGCAGCAUACAGAACGGCUGUACCUGGAAGAAGGAAGUGCGGAGCCAGCCUGAGUUAGGAGUAGAGCUCCAGAGAGUGUGAAUGACAGAGGUGGUGCCAUCCAGCGCGCUCAGCGAGGUCAGCCUGCGCCUCCUCUGCCACGAUGACAUAGACACUGUGAAGCACCUGUGUGGCGACUGGUUCCCCAUCGAGUACCCAGACUCAUGGUAUCGUGAUAUCACAUCCAACAAGAAGUUCUUUUCCCUUGCUGCAACCUACAGAGGUGCCAUUGUGGGAAUGAUAGUAGCUGAAAUUAAAAACAGGACCAAAAUACAUAAAGAGGAUGGAGAUAUUCUAGCGUCCAACUUCUCUGUUGACACACAAGUUGCGUACAUCUUGAGUCUGGGCGUCGUCAAAGAGUUCAGGAAGCACGGCAUAGGUUCCCUCUUACUUGAAAGUUUAAAGGAUCACAUAUCAACCACCGCCCAGGACCACUGCAAAGCCAUUUACCUUCAUGUCCUCACCACCAACAACACAGCAAUAAACUUCUACGAAAACAGAGACUUCAAGCAGCACCACUAUCUCCCCUAUUACUACUCCAUCCGAGGGGUCCUCAAAGAUGGCUUCACCUAUGUCCUCUACAUCAAUGGCGGCCACCCUCCCUGGACGAUUUUGGACUACAUCCAGCACCUGGGCUCUGCACUAGCCAGCCUGAGCCCCUGCUCCAUCCCGCACAGAGUCUACCGCCAGGCCCAUAGUCUGCUCUGCAGCUUCCUGCCAUGGUCGGGCAUCUCUUCCAAGAGUGGCAUCGAGUACAGCCGGACCAUGUGAUGUCGGCUGGGCAGCCGCCGCCAGGCCCCACCCUUUGGCCCCCCGCAGAGCCCGCCUUUCUGUCCAUCUGACCCCUGCUAUCUUCUGCAAGGAGCUGCCAGCCAUCUACUGGGCUCGUCGGCCUGCCCCAGCUGCAGGCCCGGUGCUACACGGGCUCGGGAACAGAACAUCGUGAGCACGCGCAGAGCGUGCCCAUCUGUGGCAGGCUCUUCAGCUCCCCUUUCUGCUUCUGGAAAGCUCUGCCCCUGCUGCCGCCCAGGCCCUGCCUACCUGCGCAUGCACCGUCCCCAGGGCUGACCCAGUGUGGCUGCAUUAACUGGGAAGGGGCUGCCCUCACUGGGCCUCUCCCACUCUGCUGCCUGUUCCUGCAGCUCCUUCCUGCAAAGCCGGAGGGAACUUUCUGCUGCAAGGGAGGAACACAAGUAUUAUGGACACACUUGACCGUAAAGGCACAGGAGCCUUGGAGCAAGGGGGCGCAAUAAAGGGAAUGCCCCGUCCCCCUCCAGAACCAGCCCAAAGAAGCCUGGGGGGUAGGGAGUGGCCCCUAGUCCUCCAUGAGGGGCUGAUGAGGGGUGGGCAGACUGGGGGAGGCUUUCCUCGCAAGCACAGAGCUCUGAGGCUCAGCCCCCCGGCACGGGCGGUCACACGCCUAGACGGUUCCUGCUCCUUGGCACCUUCCGUGCAGUUCCCAGUGCCCUGGGAGGUCACACUGCCCAUCGGACCAUGGCAUGCUCUGUUCAGCUGACCUGCUGAGGACAGGCACCGCCGAGACUCCUUGGGUCCCCCCCGCCCUCCUUCAUGCUGCCACGAGCUGCUGCUCCGAGGCCUGGCCACAUGCAGACAGGAGGAAGCUGAACUCGACAUUGGGCCUCAAGGCUGCCAUGUGUCUCCUAGGGCCUGGCCUUGUGGGCAGGGGGCAGUCCUGUGCCUUGUGGGCCCUCAGCCUGUGAGGGUGGAGAGGCUGUCAGUGCCGCGGGUGCAUCACACACUUCUAGCAUCCUCUCCACCCUGCAUCCCCCAAAUGCUGCUUGCCUGCCCUACACUCCGAUGCAGGGGUGGGGUGGGGGGCAGGGGGAGGGCACCCAGCAUAGCUGCAGUGUCACAAAGCCAUGGCAGAGGGUCCUAGCAGUGCCACCCUGCCCCAGCCUGAGGAGGAGGGAGGGGGAGGAACAACCCUGGGCAGACGGGGCCUCGGGGACCUGUGUCCUUCCUCCUCCAGAGCUGCCCAGCCGGGGGCUUUCAGGGUGCUGGGGCAGCCCCAGGUCCCCUCUUGACCUCAGCUGGGGCCAGGGGCCCUCAAAAUGAAGGCAGGCCCCAGGCAGGAGCAGCAUCCCCCUCCCUGACAGCGCUGGCCAGAGGGCCGUGCCAUGCUGACUGCCUGAACCUCUGCUGACCUGACGGUGCUGGCGGGAGGGCCGCGCCAUGCUGACUGCCUGAACCUCUGCUGAGGCUGCCUGCCUGCCGGGCCCAGCUCAGCGCCUUCUCCACUGCAAAUCAGCGGUGAUCAUGUGAUUUCUAUUUCUGCCCCACAGGGUAAGGGACGAGUCUUCUGGAAGCCUCUGCCAUGGACAUUUGUCCUCGGGCUCAGAGGCCUUACCCUGCCCCACGCCUGCCCCUAAUCACUGCAAUGUGCAGCCCAGUGUUGAACAGAUUGUAGCGUUCUAUCUCAUUAUGAGCAAAUAAAUAGACUUUCACUGGA